GCGGUAUUUCAAUGUUAGCUAACCCAAAACGAAGAAGAGUCAUCUUUUCUGAUGUGGCUAGGUUCAUGGGCUAGGUCCAUGUUAGCCAGGUAGCACUCAUGGUUGCUCUUUCUUUUGGAUAUUAUUUCCCCAUCACUAACUCGCCAUGGGCAAGAGAGACAAUCGAGUGGCUUACAUCAACCCCAUUGCAGCUUCACGAGCCAAGGGACCGUCUGGUAACGCCGGACCAACUAUACAAGAUUAUUUAGGCAGACCUCGGCCAACAUGGGAGGAGUUAAAGGAACAGCUGGAGAGAAAGAAGAAGGGCUCUCGAACCCUGGCCGACUUCGAGGACAAAAUGAACGAGAAAUGGAGGAAAGAACUGGCUAAAAACCGAGAGAAGUUGUUGAGUGCAAUUGAGAAAGAAAAAGAGAAGAAGACAGCGGACAAGGAAAAAGAGAAGAAGACGGCAGACAAGGAAAAAGAGAAGAAGACAGCGGACAAGGAAAAAGAGGAGAAGAAAGAGAAAAAAGAGAAAAAGAAGAAAGAGAAGAAGAAAUCCAACAGGCAUUCUUCAUCUUCCUCCUCAUCGAGUUCUGAUUCUUCCAGCAGCUCCUCCUCAGAAUCUGAAGACACAGAUGAAAAGAAGAGUGUGAAGAAAAAGCGUAAGAGAAAGAAGUCCUCAGCCAGGAGAGCGUCGAACGGCUCGGAGGACGACUCUGAUGCUGAAAGCAAGAAGAAGAAGAAAAGAAUCAAGGAAGAAGGGGACAAAGAUAAGGAUGACAAGAGCCGUAAAAAAAAAAGGAAGUCCGAGCGAAGCCAUAAAGACUCGUCUUCAGAGUCCUCUGCUGAAUCAGAGGGGGAAGAGGCUGAAGCCAAGAAGAAAAAGAGAAGUAGCGAGGAAAAGGACAAAAUCACAGACAAAUCCAAGAAGAAGAGGAAAAAGAAGCACAAGAAACACGGCAGAAAAAAGAAAAAGAAGGCAGCUUCUCAUUCAGACACGGAGCUCGACUAAUGCCCGUGUCUCUGCGCUUCUCUCGUCGUGUUGUUUUUGCCGCUGACCUCCACAAAACCCUCCUAUCCAGCUUUGGUCAUCACAAUUGAAAAAUAUACGUACAAACUUGCCAUGCUGGGGUUUUUAAGAGUGAAAUUGAGGCAGGCAGCUAUCUGUGGCAACUACCGGUUCAUGUUUACUGUUGAUUUGUAUCACCUUGCUUUUGUAGAUAAUUGUUCUUUCACCCACGGGACUGAGAUGAAUUCCCCCCCCCCCUCCCCUCUCAUCUUGGAGACUUCAGUGUGACCUGCUCUCACCUUCACCCUGGAGCUCCUCUUCUCUCCACUUUACACCCCACAUCUCACAUUUCUAGUUGCUAAAUGAGGCCGUCCUGCUAGUGCCUGCGUCGUGCAUGUAGACCUGAUGUCCCCCCAGCCUCAUAUUGAAGUUGGACUUAUAAGAAAUGUGAGCUGCAGAGUCAACAUUUAUACAAAGGAUACUUGUUCCGUUAGAUGAAUUGUUACAGUGUUGUGUACAUGAAUAAACAAUGGCAAUUCAUCAAUAAAGUAUUGUUUUAACCUUUA